UCUUGUUUGCUUCGACUCAAUUAAUACCUAUAAUAUGCAAUCGUUAUAAUUUUAACUAAUAUAUAAUAUAAGAUAUUUAAAUUUAAAUAUGUUUAUUGAGAGACGCGCAUAGAGAAGUGAGAAAGAUAAAAAAAAACAGAGUGAUUAUUACUCAAGUACUUCUAUAAGGAGAAACUAUUGGCGCAUACCCGGUAUGGGCCAACAGUGUCCAUACCGGGGUAUGUUAGUAAUUUUGCCAGAAAAAGACAAAAAAAAGUUGACUUAAUGGCAAUUUAGAUAACUCUAAUCAUGUAAGAGAGAAAUUAGAUCAAUUAUUAUAUGAAUCAGAUCAACUACAAUGUGAAUCAGAUCAACUAUAAUGUGAAUCAGAUCAUGAAUGUAUGUAGGUAAAAACCCAAAAAAAAAAUUAAAAAAAAAAAUAAUAAAAAAGAAGAAAAAGUUAUAUUUAUUUACAACUUUCCACAGUAUUUACAAAUACCGGGUAUGCGCUUAUCAACGCUCCUUCUAUAAGUCUAUAUAAGUGUUAUACCCAAUCAAUUAAGCGGUUGGAUCAUUUUCUUUCAACGAUGUAAGAAGACUAUAUGGCAAUUUUUUGUCAACUAAUAUUCCAUGUCUUUCUAAUUUCAAACAUCAUCCCCUAUACUUUAGCAUAAGAUCCGUGAGAAAAGGAAUGUCAAAAGAAAAGCAAUACACACUAAUUGAAGAAAUGCAAUUGAUUAUAACUUUUUACAAUAACAUACACAUCUACAGAAAGGCUUCAUAAACAUAGGUGAAUGGGUCUUCAAACAGUCUUGGAGCUGGUGUUGUCAAUAUUUGUGCCACCGAUUGGAGUUUUUCUUCGCUAUGGAAUUAAAGUUGAAUUUUGGAUUUGUUUGGUGCUUACCUUGUGCGGAUAUCUUCCAGGAAUAGUAUAUGCAGUUUGUGUUUUAAUUUUGUAACUGUAAUCUAGUUUGUUCUACGGUCAUUAUUAUAUCUGUACAGCUUAUGGACACAUGCAUACGAUGAUUUUACUAUUGUUUUUUAUUUAAAUUAAUGAGUUACC